AUGGUACAAUUCGAACGCUUUGAGGUGGAACAAUGGAUGGAUGAGUACGAGACCACGCCGAACGUAUUAAAUGUUGCGGAAACAUGCUGCUCCUCAAUUUCGAUAGAUGACCUAUCUGGUCUUUCUGACGACAAGGAGAAGCCCGCACAAGUUCCGACAUCUCACAGGCUUACCUACGGGUCGAUUCGGGGAUCACUAGCCUUGAGGCAGAAAGUCGCGCAACUUUGUGGUGAUGCCAAUCGGCAUGAGCUGAAUGCGGAUAAUGUCAUUAUCACGCAGGGUGCGAUAAACGCCAACUUCCUCGUUUUGUAUAGUCUGCUCGGACCAGGGGACCAUGUGGUGUGCGUUUAUCCAACAUAUCAACAGCUGUAUUCCGUUCCAGCUAGCCUCGGGGCCGACGUGUCCUUAUGGAAGCUACGAUCAAACUCACGCUAUAUUCCUGAUGUCGGCGAGCUGCGUAUGCUAAUAAGGCACAACACGAAGAUGAUCAUCAUCAAUAACCCGAAUAACCCAACUGGGGCAGUAAUUCCCACCGUGGCAUUGGAGGGCAUUGCGGAACUAGCACGGGAGAAGAACAUUAUUCUGCUAUCGGACGAAGUAUACCGACCUUUGUUUCACGAUGGGCAUAGGGGUCCCAACUCACCUCCUCCAGCUACCGCCUUGGACUACGAGAGAAUCAUUGUUACUGGGUCCAUGUCGAAGGCAUUUGCUCUGGCAGGAAUACGGAUUGGCUGGGCCGCCUCCAGGGACCAAACUAUAAUGCAGACUCUUGCCGCUGCUCGAGACUACACAACCAUCAGCGUUUCUCAACUAGACGAUUACAUUGCCAGCUAUGCACUGUCGCUGCCGGUCAAAGACCGCCUACUACAGCGUAAUAUUGCACUGGCGUCGAGAAACCUUUCCAUAUUAAAGGAAUUUAUCGACAAUCAUAGUGAUAUUUGCUCUUGGGAACAACCCUUUGCAGGAACCACAGCUUUCAUUCAGUUUUGGGCUCACGGCCGACCAGUCGAUGAUGUAUCAUUUUGCAAAGAUCUCUUAAAACAAACUCAGGUUCUGUUUUGCCCCGGUUCGCUGUGCUUCGGUGGUGGCAAAGACUUUGCUGGGUUUGUUCGAGUCGGAUACGUUUGUGAGACCGCUGUGCUCCAGGAAGCAUUGAAGAAACUAGACAAGUAUAGGCUUGGCCUGGAACUCAAGCAAGCCCACCUCACUAGCCAGUUGAUGACGACGCUUCCGGCACUUGACUUCCCGAACGACGAAGGCUUCAUGGCCGGUCUCGCCGGCCGGGUCGAUGUCGCUAAAGAUCUUCGAGCGGAUUCCUUUCCGGAUUGUAAUCUUGUUCCAGAGUCCUCUGCCGUCCCGACGGCCACGCUCAUAGCCACCGUAAUUGGACAGGUGGUACAAUGGGAUAUUCAGAAAACCCAGCAAGCAAACCUUUAUCGUCGCUCUGGACCGACACUUCAAUCAGAUGUAUCUAAUGAGAAAACUCAAGGCGGAUAUUUUGCGACUGUUCAGAUUGGAACGCCUGGCCAAAAGCUUUCCCUACAGCUCGAUACUGGAAGCAGCGAUGUUUGGGUACCUUCUAACGAAGCCGAGGUCUGCUUGGACAAAUCCCGAGGCGGAUGUCCUCUGGGCUCUUUUAACCCUAGACAAUCUAGUACUUUCGACAUCAUCGUACGAAACGGUUUCGACAUAUCCUACCAGGAUAAUAGUUCCUCAAAAGGCGACUACUUUGCUGACAAGUUCGAGCUCGGCCCAUCAUCGAUAGAUAAUUUUACUAUGGGUCUGGGAAAGAACACGGAUGUGCCCUUUGGCUUGAUUGGCGUGGGCUAUGCGAACAACGAGGCAUCCACCGAAACUGCAAAUGCAAUAUACCCGAACUUGCCGAUAGCCAUGCAAGAGGCUGGCAUUAUCAACUCUGUGGCUUAUAGCUUAUGGCUAAACGAUUUGGAUGCCAGUACCGGAAACAUUCUGUUUGGUGGCAUUGAUACCGAGAAGUACGUUGGAAAUUUGACUAGACUCCCAGUACUCUCUCAAAAUCGGCAAUUCACCCACUUUGUCGUUUCUAUGUUCUCCCUAGAAGCAAGUAGUCCUAGUGGCAGCGACAUAUUGACAUCAAAGGAGCUACCCUUGGGAGUGGUCCUCGACUCGGGCACAACUCUCACCUACUUACCUCCGGAUAUGGCCACUCAGGUGUGGAAGGAAGUUGGAGCAACAUAUGACGAUGUUACUUUCAAAGCGGCUAUCCUACCAUGUUCCUAUGCAAAUCAUGCUGGUUACUUCUCUUUCCUUUUCUCUGGACCUGCUGGCCCACGCAUCAAUGUCACCAUGGACGAACUUGUCUUGCCUUUGACAACGGGAGAACCACCAAGAUUUUCUGAUGGUCCUCACAGAGGCCAGGCCAUUUGCGAAUUUGGCAUUCAAAGCUCAUCCGACACGCCAUGGCUUCUAGGCGACACGUUUCUACGUUCUGCCUAUGUAGUCUAUGAUUUAAUCAACAAUGAAGUGGGCAUGGCGCCCACUGACUUCAACUCCACAAAAUCAAAUGUCAUAGCAUUUGCGAGCAAAGGGGCAACUAUUCCUUCGGCGACUCCAGUAAAUAACGGUACUCAAUCCGAUACACAGCCCCAGCCAACUCAAACCGGACAAUCUGCCGCGAAAGGAUUUCAAGCAGGCAAUGUGGGUAGCCAACUGGAGCCUAUGUCGGUGGAUGGGCUGAUGCUCGUCAGCAUGGCUGUUGCUAUACUUUUGAUGGAUGUGUUAGCAUAUUUUGACUGA